AUGUCUCCAAAGCCAAAAUCCUAUCUCCGCCGUCUAGGGUACAUUGAGUUGUACCAGUCUGGAAUGCACCACCUCGAUCACUACUGCAGCACCAUCACCACGUUCCGAUUCAGACUACCGCAGGCAUUAGCGAACUUCCGGAAUCACGAACGGCUCGUUACAAGAUUUGACCAAGCCGUGGCACAGACAGUCGCUGAAUUUCCGCUCCUUCAAGUUGGUCUCGUGGGCGAAGGUUCAAAAAAGCCUGUCUGGGUUGCUCUUGAUACGGUCGACUUAUCUGAUCAUAUAACCUGGGUUGUGAAACCCGACGCAACAGGUUACGCACAGGAGCUUGAGGCGAAUUUACAGUAUCAGCUUGAUGCCAAGUUUGAGCAUCUUGAGACCAAACCGGGAUGGAGAUUGCUCUUAAUGCGCACACAAGCAGAACACUUCGUGGAUGUCAUGUUUGUGUGGAAUCAUUCCAACAUCGACGGCAUGGGUGCAAAGAUCUUUCUUCGCACACUGCUCAACAACCUUUCCCAACCAUCCCCAGCUUCACCUCUCAUCCAAGGGUCAAGGGUCAUGGCUACAGCUAUUUCAAGAGACCACUUUCCUCAACCGCAGGAGAAGCUGGUUAAGCACAAGGUAACCAUGGGUUUUGCUGUUUCUGAGAUCUGGCACAGCUUUGGUCCUUCUUCUCUUGCUUCCUCGACUGCAAAGGCACGAUGGGCACCUAUCCAACGAGCACCUUACAUCACACGCAACAAACACAUCGACAUUGACGCCAUCACACUAAAGGCUCUGCUCGGUCUUUGUCGGCAGAACGAAACAACCCUCACCGGUCUUCUCCAUGGCAUUGUACUGGCAUGUCUAUCAGUCCACCUCUCGGAAGGCAAAGCCGACGCCUUCAACGUCGCCACGUCAAUGGAUCAGCGUCGCUUCGUGACGAAAGAAGACCGUAGGGCGAAGUACGCUCAUCUUGAUCCAGCGACCAGUGUGCAGAACUGCGUGUCUUCUGUAUACCACUGUUUCGGUCGCGAAAUCGUCAGCGACAUUCGUGCUGAGGCGCGCGUUCACAACUGGCCUACUCAACCAAUCCCUGCCCUCGAGCCGCACAUCUGGCGCGCAGCUGGGAUGAUCCGGGACGAUGUCAAUGAGCGUGUCAGCCAAGGUCUGACUAAUACUAUCGUCGGCUUGAUGAAACUCGUGACAGAUUGGCAAGACUAUCAUAAGACUACCGUAAAGAAGCCACGCGAACUAUCAUGGGAUGUGACCAAUCUCGGUGUGGUUGAUAACAAACCUAGUAACGGUUCUGAAGAUGGUUGGGCGGUUCAGAAGGCGAGGUUUAGUGUUUGUGCUGACGUAGCUGGGCCUGCAAUGAUGAUCAAUGUGGUUUCGGUUAAGGAUGGGGACUUGACGGUUGAGAUUUCGUGGCAGGACUUGGAGGAGCUGAACAGUGUUGGGGAGAGGCUGGCGGACGAUGUGAGAACCUGGUUGAUGCAUCUGGGUGCUUGA